UAGUACUUUUUCCUCUCUCCUUAAUACUGGAUUUCUGUCUAACACAGAGGCCUGUUUCAUGGAAGCUGAAGAUGCCUGUGCCUUGUCUGUAGAGCUUGGGCACAGGAUGAGUGAGGAAGCUGGAUUUGGUGUCCGUGGCUGAGAUGAAGCUAUGGUCCAACUGCCUGACCAUUUCAGGGCUGCCCAGAUGUUAAAGCAUUUUGUUAAGGGCAUUGUCCAAAUGUCCCUUAAACAGUGUCAGUCAUAGGGCAUCAACCACCUCUCUAGGAAGCCUGUGCCAUUGUUUGACCACCCUCUCAGUAAAGAAAUGCUUCCUAAUUUCAGGUCUUAACGUCCCCUGGCACAGCUUUGAACCAUUCCCAUGCUUUCUAUCACUGGAUAACUGGGAGAUCAGCACCUCCACCUCCACUUCCCGUCCCCAGGAAGAUGCAGUGAGCAAUGAGGCCCCAAAACAGAUGGGACCAAUCCCACUUUAUGAAUCCCCAUUGGCCAUUAGAAGUUACCUACUGAGGGGAAGAGCAUGUUUCUGAGCUGCACAAAACCCACAUUCCUCAGGACUCAACACGCCAGCUCAGUUCGGCUUUAGAAGAGCUACAGGCACAUAACAGAGCCCCAAAGAGCGGCAGGGUCGUGUUUCAGCAGCAUUCCGUACCUUUCUCUAUGGAUCGGGGCAAACGUGUCCUGCUUUCAGAUGUCUGCUUUUGAGAGCGCUGCCUCUGGACUCCGCAGGGCUCUUCCCACGAUGUGCCAUGGGUCCACCCUGAGAGCUUCACUCUGCUUCCUGGUGCUGACUUCUGAAGCUCUCUAUGUUUCUUCCCCUUACAUUUCAUGUAACAAAACUUGUCCUUUCCAAAUACAAAGGGAGGAAGGGCGGGGCUGGGUGUCAAGAUUUGAAACUCAAAAUACUACUAAUGCCAGAACCACUUCCCGAUGAAGGUGACCACAUCAAGGCCACCACCUUACAUUUAACAUGCUACUAUCAAAAGAUCAAUUAGUAGUCUUCUUUUGUCAUUAUGGGUUUCUGAAUGAAAGAAAGAGCAAAGAACUUCCUCCUGAAGGUUAGAGAGGGGCGGGAGCUAUGAGUUGUUGGUCCAGAGUACCAUUUUAAAAACAGCAGUGAGCGGAAACAAGAAGGGGGAGCAAGAAUGUCAGAAAAUCGCAUUUAUGCUGACUUGAACAUGACCGAACCAACCAGGCCCAGGCUGCAGAAGGUCACUGAUGUCCAAGGUAAAAGCUGUUCCCCCAGAACACGUGUUGCUGUAUUUGUUGCUGUGAUAAUUCUCCUACUCGUCUUAGCAGUGUGUCGGAUACUCAUGUGCUGUCCAACUGCAAGCAGCCCAGCUGACUCAAAAGCGUUCUCCAACAACUCUAAAGCAGCACUAGGCUGCCCCCGAAACUGGGAAAAACAUGGGGAAAAAUGCUACUUCUUCUCUCAAAUUCAGGAAAUAAAAGACUGGAAUGCCUCCCGUAAAGAAUGUACUGACAUGAAUUCAGACCUGGUGGUCAUUGACACCAAGGAUGAACUGGUUUAUCUUAUGUUUCAAUCAGAAAAUUAUUACUACUUUCUUGGUCUCACAUACUCUGAGAGCGAGAAGAAGUGGAAGUGGAUUAACAACAUGGAACAUAGCACAGACAUGUUUAAUAUAGAAGGAGACUUUACUGACUAUUUCUGUACUGUCAUUGGACAUGAAAAAGUAGAAACUGCAUCUUGUGAUGGAUCCUCAACAACACAAAAUAUGUGUGAGAAAGCUGCAAAUCUUUUAGAAGAGCAGAAGGAGAACUGAACCCAAUAGUUCCAGGCAGGCAGGUCAUCCCCAGCUUCCUGCAGGAACUGCAGAUGGGAUUUCUCUCCUUUAUCUUUAGCCGUCUAAAAAUCUAGUCAAAGGGUCUCACAGGCUCCCUCUAGACACCUUGCCAAGCUUAGCAUGUUCUUUCCCCAGGUGGGUGUCGGAGACUGCAUGAAUCCCCCUCUAGAGGAGCCUGCAUUUCCACACAUUAGGAGUCUGCGUGACUUGCUCAUCCUACUGAAAAUGGCAUCAUUCAUGGCUCUGUUCUUCCUCUGCUGGAUGGAGAAAGCUCUGUGAACUCCUUGAUGAAGUGACAGAGGUGUCAUGCUUUCUCUUUGGGGAAAAAAAAAAGUUUUGCUUAAUCAUAGAAUUUCUCUCAGAAUGUUGUGGCUAUGGGUAGUGAUAAUGGAAUCAUUCGAUGUCCCUCAGGCGAGCAAUGCUUCUCACUGCCCUCAUUCAUCAAGGCUCUUUUGAAACAUACUUGUAGUUCCCCACUGACCUGUAAUCACCAAAGAACAAAGUAAGAAAUUCCCCCAAAUCAAAAUUGGAACCCAAAUGGGAGGGACCAUACACUGUUUUAUUGUGUUCUUCUUUUGCUGCUGAAGUGUUAGGGAAAGAAAAUUGGAUACGCCAUUCCCAUGGCAAGCAAGCGGUGGAUAGCCCAAGCAGCCGACAGACGGCAGCUUCCUGAAAAUCAACAGGGAGGAAGUGGAUUGUUUUUCUACUCUCGGUACUGUUGACAUUGAUGGCUGCUACAGCACGGCUAAGUAUGACAUUACAGAGAAUGGAUGAUCCAGAGUGGUGGAACAGCAGUAAAAGAGAACAAGAAAAAAUCUACAUAAAAUAGAGGGACCUGGCUUCCUGACAGUAAUCUUAUUAAGUCUGUCCCUGUUGUAGUUGUGGCUGAUAAUCAUCUUAUAUGUAAAACUGGGGAGAAUGAUCGGGCAACUGGAAAGGCUUCACGAACUUUGUUUAGCAUGUUAGCAGGGAUGCUUGAAGAAAACAAAGGGAGGAGCUGUUGAGGGAUAUGAGCUGUUUAGCAUAAAUAAGUAAGUUUUACUUAGGAUAAAUUACUUAGGGUUGUGUGGUGUUAACAUGGUGUGAUUUAAGCAGUUUGCUUAGCUUUACUUAACAGGAGUGGCUAAAUUUGGUGAAGGCUUUAGGCUGUGAUAGAGUUAUUUGUCUUAGUAGUUUUCCCACCAGCUGGUAGAGUGCCGUGUUUAGUCUUUUAGUAUGAGAAGCGUUUUGAUACCACACUGAUGUUUUGGUAGUGUUUUUCCCACGUUUGGGACUCUUCAGUUCUCCAUGUUCUGCCAGCGAGUGCAGAUGCCCAAGGAAUGUGAACCAGAAGGUACAGAGGCUCCAAGCCUUGGCUGAAACUGCAAAUCAACAAGAUAAGAGUCUGCCUGCCUGGACACAGAAAAGGACUCCAAUUAGAUGUUAGAAGACCCCAGACCAAGAGGCACCAUUGGACUAAAAGAUGCGUGGACAGCGUGUGAAGGGCGUGUGAGGCGAGGGUGUAUAGAUCACAAGGGUAUCAUUGCCUGGGAUUUCUUUGCUCGGGGUCCCUCUCUUUGGAGGCACCCAGCCCACGCUGUCCUUGCUGCUGUA